AGCGGCUCUCUGCAGAAGCUGCGAACGCAUUUAGCUAGUCGUGUUGUUUUUGUCUCUCUUUCCGUUGAAAAACUGCGAAAUAAGAUAUAAAAUUCGGACUGCAGUGAGAUUUCAGCCGCAGCAAUGCCUGAACGGGAAACUGAGCUGUACUCCAACCCUCUGGCCCCGGAAGGCCAUGAAGUGGAGGAUCAUCGCUCAUCGCUGCAAGCCAAGCUGACCAAUGAAGACUUCCGGAAGCUGCUGAUGACCCCCCGUGCCGCCCCCUCCUCAGCUCCGCCCUCAAAAUCCCGCCAUCAUGAAAUGCCCCGGGAGUAUAAUGAAGAUGAGGACCCUGCUGCUCGCAGAAGGAAGAAGAAAAGUUACUACGCUAAGCUGCGGCAGCAGGAGCUGGAGAGAGAGCGGGAGUUGGCGGAGAAGUACAGAGACAGAGCUCGAGAGAGAAGAGAUGGAGUUAAUAAAGAUUACGAGGAGACUGAACUCAUCAGCACUACGGCAAACUACAGAGCAGUGGGACCAACCGCAGAGGCAGAUAAAUCAGCAGCAGAGAAAAGGCGUCAGCUGAUCCAGGAGUCCAAGUUCUUGGGUGGUGACAUGGAGCACACUCACUUGGUGAAGGGUUUGGAUUUCGCCCUGCUGCAGAAGGUGAGAGCUGAAAUCACCAGUAAGGAGAGAGAGGAGGAGGACAUGAUAGAGAAAGUACAGAAAGAAGUGAAGAAAGAUGAAGAUCCUGAGCAAAAGAUCGAGUUCAAGACCCGUCUUGGAAGGAACAUUUACCGUAUCCUGUUUAAAGGCCGUCAGAUGGAGCGUAACGAGCUGUUUCUGCCGGGCCGCAUGGCGUACGUGGUGGAUCUGGAGGAUGAAUACGCAGACACAGAUAUCCCCACCACUGUGAUCCGCAGCAAAGCAGACUGCCCAACCAUGGAGGCUCAGACCACACUGACCACCAAUGACAUCGUCAUCAGCAAACUCACCCAGAUCCUGUCGUAUCUGAGGCAGGGCACUCGCAACAAGAAACUGAAGAAGAAGGACAAAGGAAAACUGGAUGAGCGGAAAGCUGCAGAAGCCGACUUAAAUAUCUUUGAUGAUAUCGGAGACUACAUCCCAUCCACUUCCAAACCUACACGGGAGAAAGAGAAGGAGCGUUACCGAGAGAGGGAGAGAGAGAGGGAUCGGGAGAGGGAGAGAGAGAGAGAACGGGAGAGAGAAGAAGAGAAAAGGCAGCACAGUCACAGCUACUUCGAGAAACCUCGAGCUGAUGAUGAGGUUGUUGACAUUGAUAAAGGUCCAGGAUCAGUGAAGGAUCAGAUUAAACUCAUCAAUGAGAAGUUUGCAGGAGCUGCAGCGACACACUGGCAGGAAACAGCUGGGACGAGGCGCGAGGAGAAGAAGCACUUGGGAGAUUUCUUCGGCAUGUCCAACAGCUACGCUGAGUGCUACCCUGCCACAAUGGAUGAUUUGGCUGUAGACAGUGAUGAAGAGGUGGACUACAGUAAGAUGGACCAGGGUAAUAAGAAGGGGCCUCUGGGUCGCUGGGAUUUUGACACUCAGGAGGAGUACAGCGACUACAUGAACAAUAAAGAGGCUCUACCAAAGGCAGCUUUCCAGUACGGAAUAAAGAUGUCCGAGGGAAGGAAGACUCGCCGCUUCAAAGAAACCAACGAGAAGGCAGAGCUGGACAGGCAGUGGAAAAAAAUCAGCGCUAUCAUCGAAAAGAGGAAGAAGAUGGAGGCUGAUGGGGUGGAGGUGAAGAGGCCCAGAUAUUAAACCUUUCUCUUCCUUCGUUUUGUUGUGCUCCAUAGAGAAACCUGGUCGUAAUGUGUUUAUAUGUGAGGUAAAUGCUUAUUUACAGUAGUGUGAUCUUAGACAGCUGUGAUUCAGUCUGCUGAUUCAAUGUUUCACAAAUAAAAGAAAGAUUACAUCAUUUGACAGUAUGUAAAUAUACAGUUGAUUGAUUUACUAUACAGUGUUUGCUUGUAAAUGUAAGAAAGAUCCACUUUCUCUUCCCUGAUACCUGAAGAAAUAAUACUCAUAAUAAACGAGACAUUACUGUA